GCACUGCGCGCGCCCGCGGCAGAGGAGGCGGAGCUGGAGGCGGAGCUGACGGCGGCGGCCCCUGGGGAGGCGCAGCCCUCCCACGACGCGACGCUGGCCGAGGCCCCGCCAGCCGCCGGCGCGCCGCCCGCCGCCGAGGAGGAGCCCGCAGAGGAGAUGCCGAGCGCGGACGCCGAGCCGCAGAGGGAGGCCCGGGCGGCCCGCGAGCCCGAGCCCGCGGCCGAGCAGGCGCCGGCGCAGGCGGCGGCCACGGAGCCCGAGUGCAGGGACGCCGCCCCCGGGGACCGCUGCCACGAGGUCGUGGCGUGGUCCCUCUCGCAGGGUCUCGAGGCGCACCCGGACUACUUCCCGUCGUUCCACCGCUCGGCUUCGGAGGUCUACGACUUCAAGCAGAUGCAGGAGAUCCUCCACAGCCGCGGCACGGGCGGGUGCAGCAAGCCCUGCCACAUGGACGUGGUGCCGCCGCCGGCCGCCGAGGCCCAGGCACCGACCGACGCUGCAGUCGCCCAGGAUGCGGCCGUCGCAGAGGACCAGACGCCGCCCGACGCCGGGGCCCAGGAUGUGGCCGUCGCCGAGGACCAGGGGCAGGAGGAAGAGGUCAGCGGGACCGAGACGACGUUGGAGCCGAUGUCGUCGAAAUCUCUGAGCGCGAUGUCUCCGGAGGAGCUCCAGGCUUACAUGAACAACCCGGACGAGCUGGACAAGUACGCGUACUACGUCAAGCACACGAGCAGGAGGAAGAGGUGGGAGGACGCCCUGAAGCGCGAGCAGAAGCUGAAUGAUGCCUCGCAGUGA